AUGGCUCCCCUAUGGGCUGCUCAGCCUUUCAAAGCGAGUUAUUGCAUAUUCUUCUCGCUAAAGACUAUUCUGCUCUUAUCAACAUUAUCAAUCCGCUAUGUAUUCAAGUCUCUUCGCCCUAUCCGCGAAUUGGAUUUCGGCGUGUGCUUGAAGAUAGCGUUACUUCACAACGCUUUCCGCCUUUUCACGGCGAUACGCUACCAGUAUCCAAGGCAGCUGGAAGCUGGAAAGUUGGGAGACAGAUUCGCCUUGAUCUCCCCACCUGACCCAACGCUCUUUUCCGGAGCUUUGGCUUCUCCAGAUAUCAAACCGGCUCCUGUCGGGGCAAUUUGGCACCCAAGUCCAGUUCGACAAGGCCAGGGAAAUGGCCAAAAGGUCAUAAUACAAUUCUCUGGCGGCGCUUUUGUACUUGGUUGGGAUCCAAAUGCGGCACCCAAACUCCUCUCCGGUUUUCUCACAACACACUUCAAAACGGCUAAACUAUUAUAUGUGCAAUACCGGCUAGCCGCCCCUGGAACACACUUCCCUGCUCCUCUUCAAGACGCAUUAACAGCAUAUAACUACGUCCUCAGCUUAGGAGUUGCACCUGAUGAUAUCAUUCUCUGCGGAGAUUCAGCGGGUGGCAAUAUUGUCAUUGCUUUACUGCGAUACUUAGAGACGUUUCCGGGAAAGCUUCCUUCGCCAGGUGGUGCUAUAGUGUGGUCUCCGUGGGUUCACGUGACAUCUCAUGCCGGCCAGGACUAUAAGGAUUCGCGGAACUCAGACAUUGAUCUCCUAUAUGCGCCCCUACUAGAUUGGGGGGCAAAUACAUACAUACCGAAGGGUGAUCUGACCCCGGCAGCACAAGCGUUGAUCUCGCCAUUACAUCACCCUUUCCAAACCAAAACGCCUAUAUUCAUACAGGCUGGGACACACGAGGCAUUUUAUGAUGCGAUACGCAGUUUCUCAGGCGAGAUGACUAAUGUAGAGGGCAAUCGAAUUAGAUUCCACGAGACAAAAUUCGUUCUGCAUGAUCUUUUUUUAUCUAACAUGAUACUACAUAUGGACACGAAAGUGCAGGCAGCCGUUGAAGAUGCCCAGGCAUUCUUCGAGGAAAAGACCUAA